UCGGGCCAGAUGGGAAUGCCCCGUUAGCCCCGCUCCCAGGCCUCUGGACACAGAGGCUGCUUGGUCAUGUUGGGCAAAGGAGGCACUUGAAGGUUGGCUGACAACCUUCAGAGCUCAGGGGCAGCUUUCUCGAUUUCUGGGCACUGGGGAGUCUGGGGCUCCUAGGAGGCACCAGGAUGGUGUAGGAGAAACCUCUCUGUCCCCCAAGCCACCAUAUACAGAAGCUGCCUCGAGAAGAAGGAGGGCGAGAUGCAUCCAGGAUCCCAGAGGGCCAACAACCUGGGCAGCACUGGUAUAGGUACCGGCAUGGGAAGCAGUGGGGGUGGCAUAGGCGGGGGCGGGGGCCACCUGCCAGCUCAGGCCUUCAGCCCAGCCCCUGCCUAUCCACAUGGCAUGAGCUAUUCUCAUAUGGCUAACCUGGAUGCCCACGGGCAGUGGCUUGGGCCAUGGGGACCCCACUACGGUCCCCCAAGGGAAGACUGGGCUCCCUAUGGGGAGGGGCCCUCCAACUCUGUGGUGGAGCCUUCCUCCGUCCAGACCCUGGCUCAGGUCUUGGCCCUGGCCCCAACCCCAGCCCCGUACGGAGCCACUGACUACAGCAACCUGGUCCACCCUGGGCCCAGCGGGGUCCUCCCUCCUGAGAACAUGGAAUUCACAGAGCCCACCUCCAAUCCCCCCAGCGUGGGAGGUGCCUAUGCUUGGAUGAGCAAAACCCUUCAUGUCUCAGGAAAAACCAGGACCAAGGAGAAGUACCGAGUGGUUUAUUCUGAGCAUCAGAGAUUGGAGCUGGAGAAGGAAUUCCAUUGCAACAGAUAUAUCAGCAUUCGGAAGAAAACUGAACUUGCAGCACAGUUGGGCCUUUCGGAGAGACAGGUGAAGAUCUGGUUUCAGAACCGGCGGGCCAAGGAAAGGAAGCUCCUCAAGAAGAAGAUCUCCGAGGCUCAGGGCACGGGGGUCAGCGCGGCCCACAGCGACUCGAGCUCCGUGAGCCCAGCCGACCCCCCGAAGCUCUACUUCCCGCCGCCGCCGCCCCUGGGGGAGUUCCAGCCAAUCGAUCUGCACCAGAUCCUGGUGUCCGAGUGAGGGGCCUGGGCCGAGCGGCGGCGGGGGCGGGGGCGGCUCUUCCCCUCAGGCCCGGCCGCUGCUGCCGCCGCCGCCGCCGCCUGAAGCCGCCCCCCCCCCCCCCCCCCGGCGGCCCGGGAUGUCUGCGGGGGGCGGGAGAGGUCUCAUUCAUUGUAUGCAGCCAUUGGGAACAAAUUGAUGGGGUAAUAGAAGAGAGCGGGCGCUGCGGCCCCCGCCCCGCCCCCGCCCCCUCCUGCGCAAUAGCGUGGUGUCAAUUGCUACGGGAAGUCACAGUCAUUCCGAGCCUGUUCCUAGCAGGCUUGUGACAGAAAAUCGGGCCGCGGAGGGGGAUGGUGCGAUGCCGGGGGUGGUGGGGCUGGGGCUGGCGAGAGGGGUGGCGCUGGCGUUCCCACGAUUCUCCCCGUUACCCAGGACCCCCGCGUUGGCGUUAAGUGAGUGUGACUUCUCGAGGAAUAAUAAUAACUCAGGGGAUCGUUAGCAAUUGCUCCAUUCUCCAGAAAUUUCUUUCAGCCAGGGCAAGGCCCUGCUUCACCGAGGGCCUGGCCGGACUGGUUCACGGGGUCUUCGGAUCCCAGUACGGACUGGGAGAAGAAUCGUGCGCGGUGCGGGUGGGGGUUGCGGCACGGGGCCUUUCCCUCGGCAAAUGGGAAAAAUGAAGGGGGAUGGAAGGGAAGUGAUCGACUCAAGGUCACACACAGCCUAUGGCUUCUUUACUCUAACCACUGCUCCGCCCCACUCGAACCCUAGAUGUGCCUUGGAAACUCAGCUCAAAAGUCACCGUGAAUGUGUUGUUGUUUAACAAAGAAAGGAAAAGAAGACGUCAAAUAAACGCAAUCUGUCUGUUCUU